GGGGGCGGAGCCUGGCCGGUCCAAGCCCAGGGAUGCACCGGGAUGCUAGGAGGACAUUGCUGGAGGGACCGGGUCUGGCACAGGGAGCUGCCAUAACGGAGCCCACCGAGGGACAGCUGGGAGCAUAGCCGGCCAGGUAUGGGCCAGCAGGGGCACUGCUACAAAGAGAGAGCCCAGACACAGGGGCCAUAGCCAGGGACUGCAACACAACAAUAGGCCUAAUAAUAACAAUAAUAAUGACCUACCUAGUGUCACAGGGGGUGGUCACCAGGGGCAAUUGGGGAUAAUACAUUUAGGGCUGUCAUGGAAAGCACAUUAAAACAUCAGGAUAUUACAAGAGAGAUACACUCAGGGUACAAGAACAGAGGGGAGAAAAAACAUGAUAGUAAAUAUGAGAUGGGUAUCCCAUGUGAUUAGGUGAGAGGUAGAUUGAUACCACUUUAUAUUAUUAUUUUAUUAUUUAUAUAGCGCCAUCAGAUUCCGUAGCGCUGUACAAUGGGUGGACGAACAGACAUGUAAUUGUAACCAGACAAUUGGACGUACAGGGACAGAGAGGUGGAGGGCCCUGUUCAAUUAGCUUACACUCUAAAUAUACUGUAUAGAGUAAAAAAAAUUAAAAAAAGAGACGCAUGCAUAUAAUAAUAUCCAAAUGUUGUUUAUAUGUCUGGCAAUGAGAAAGAAGGCAGGGAAAUGUCAGAUUCGAUGUGAAGGGGACUUCUAUUAAUAUGAUCAAACUAAAAGAAGUAAGACAAAUAUAAAGGCCAAGUAUCUGGUUUAUAUGGGAAUAUGGAGUACAGGCAUUCAAUAAUAGUACAUGCUAGCAUUCUAGUGGAAGAAUGACAUAUUGGUAAUAUUGAUACAUUCUAGCUGCGAUGGACAGUGACGUGUUUAGAGGACUUUCUGCCAAGCAGUUCCAGAGAUUUGGAAGCUGCUGACAGUGAUAGCAAGGAAAGGAAUUAAUGUAAUUAUACUAAUAAAAUAACCUGUGAGAAUAGUGAGACAGCGUAGGUUUUACAAAGGGUCAGUGACCGUAGACUAUAUAGGAAACAAUCAAUGAAAGUAAGUCAAUAUGUGUGAGUUCUGGGGACAGUGAAUACUACUUGCAUCUAUGUGAACCCUUUAGAAAUGACGGUAUUUAUGUAUACAUUUGUCUUAAAAUCCGGUUUGAUGAUCAUGUAAGUUACAGUAAUCAACAAACGCAUUCUGUUUUAACUAAUAACACACACAUUAUUGCAUUGUUCUUUUACUUUGUGAAUAUAUCAUUCAAAUAUUUACAGCAUAGGUUGGAAAAGUAUGUGAAAAUCUAGCCUAGUGACUUCAUCAAAAGCUAAUUAGGUGCUGGAAAUUGACAAACCUGGUGCCCAAUUAAUGAAACAAGAUUGGAGGUAUGGGUCAGAGCUACUUUGACUUAUGAAAACAUGGAAACAUUUUGUGUUUGUUAUUCACAAAAAGCAUCUGUUGAUGUGAACCAUCCUUGUUAAAAAGAGCUCUCAGAAGACCUGCAAUCAAGAAUUGUUGUGUUGCAUAAAGCUGAGAUGAGGUUACAAGUUUACCUCAAAGAGCUUCAUUGUUCAUCUGUCCACUGUUAAACAAAUUGUGUAUAAAUGGAGACAAUCUAGGGCUAUGGCUACUCAACCUACAAUUGGCCUUCCAGCCAAGAUGACUCAAAGGGGGACACUACAAAAUUCUCAAUGAGGUAAAAAGAAACCUAGAGUGACCGCUAAAGACUUGAAGAAAUGAUUGUAACAUAUCUGUUUGAGUCUACUAUACAGAAAACAUUGAAGAGUCAUGAAUUUCCAAGUUUAUCAAGAUAUCCUACAGGAGAAUAUCAGGGUGGCUGUACACCAGCUGAAGCUCAGUAGAAGUUGGGUGAUCCUAAAAAUCAAAGUAAAUCCACUACAGAAUGGCUUCAAAGAAAGAAAAUUGGAGUGGGCCAGUCAGAACCCAGACCGUAACCCCAUAGAGAUGCUGAGGAAUGACCUCAAGAGAGCUGUUCACAGCAGGGAUCCUAAGAAUAUGCCUGAGAUGAAGCAGUUCUGUAAGGAAGAGUCGUCUAAAAUAUCCUGAACGUUGCGUGAGUCUAAUCCACAUCUACCGAAAACGAUCGGUUGAGGUUAUUGCUGCCAAAAGAAGAUCAACUAGCUAUUAAAUCCAAGUGUUUACUUACUGUUUCAACUGCACUGUGACUGUUUAAUGAGAUGUGUUCAAUAAAGACAUGAAAUAUUACAACUGUUUGUGUGUUGUAAGGUUAAGCACAUUGUGCUUGUCUAUACUUGUACCGAUGAUGAAGAUGAGAUGACAUUUAAGACCAAUUCAUGCAGAAAACCAACUAAUUCCAAAGGGUUCACAUAUUUGUUCUUGCCACUGUAGUAGGUGGAGGUAUCUACAAAAUAUUUGUAUUUCUAAGUAAAAUGUACUAGACUGCCAAAAAUAUACAAUCUGUGUAUUUAUAUAUUUAAAUUUUGUAUUGGAGUAAACUCAUAGCUCAUCACUCCCCAAAGAGGGUCAUUUCGUUUCCUUGACUGUACGUGAAACAUCACCGACAUUGGGCCAGAUGCUGGGAGCAGGGAGGAUGGAGGAGUUUCAUAGCGAGGAGGACGAGCCUUGGUAUGAUCAACAGGACCUUGAGCAAGGUGAGGAACAAAUUUAGACCUUCACUCCCUUUGUCUCAUUCAGCCCAAAUAUACGCUGCUAGUUAGACAGGCCUAAAUGUUACUCUCCACUGCAAGCUUAGAAGGUUUACUCGCAAAUGGUUAGCGGCCGAGUGGAAAUCUUGAGCCUGAAGUGUAUAUAUAAAAUAUUCCAAAAUUGUAUUAUACUAUAUUGUUGAGUAAGAAUUAUAUGGAUUAUUUAUGUUAAAAGAGAGGAUAAACUGUAAACCAUUUGGAUUAUUAAUGACAAUAGCAACGGCCUUUUGGCGUAAAACACUUAUCAAGGAAUAACAUAAUUCCAACUCUCUCUUGAAAGUAACAACAAAUUUAUUAAUUCGGUUAUUAACUGUCAUUUUUUUUUUUUUUUCUCCAGUCUGGCUGCUUUUGAUUAAAAUUUACAAUUCCCUUUUACAGGGCAUACUAUUUCAUGUCCUACUCUUUUAGACAGGCCUUAAAAGUUUCUGGUCACUGCAAGCCUGGAGCUCUAUGGCAUACUUGCCAGGACUAAAUUAUCACUCUCUGAAGGCUAUUGGCGAGUGGAAAUUAUGAGCCCUGUCUUCUUAUUGCCUUAUUGGCAAUUCCCAGUUUAGUGAAAAACUCUUUGUGUGUUAUUGUGAUGGUGUAAAUUAUAUAGAACAGUUGAACAUAAUUGUGUAGCAUAUAUAUUCGUAUGCUCCUAUUAAAGGGACACUAUAGUCACCAGAACAACUACAGCUCAUUGUGGCCACUUCUCAAAUGGCAACUGGAGGUGCUUUCUGGGGCUGUACUGCACAAUGAGCAGCACUGACGUUCAGUGUCUCCACGCUCUGCAUGCAGACGCUGAACUUUCCUCUUAGAGAUGCAUGGAUUUUAGUGCAUCUCUAUUGGGAGAUGCUGAUUGGCCUUGCUGGCAUUUGGCCCCACCUGCCUUCAUGGUGAUCUCAGCCAAUCCAAUGCUUUCCCUAUGUGGAAAAUCAUUCUGAUUGUCAGCCAAAGAGGCGGAGCCGUAGCCACCCGAGCCGCACGGCGCUGGAAAAAUGGUAAGUUUUAACCCUUUUUUAAAGGGGUGAAGUGGGGGGUACCUAAAUGGUUGUUUCAACAAUAUAGGGUCAGGAAUACAUGUUUGUUCCUGACCCUAUAGUGUUCCUUUAACCCCUUAAGGACCAAACUUCUGGAAUAAAAGGGAAUCAUGACAUGUCACACGUCGUGUGUCCUUAAGGGGUUAAUAAUAAAGAUUAUCUAAAAUAUAUAUUACAUGUGGUGAUGGUUAAGAUAGCCAUGAAUAGCCCAUAAAAUAGUUUUUACCAUAAUACAAUUCUUCUGGUGUUUUCUUUGCAUUCUCUUAUUGUAUUAUUGUCUGACUUCUUAAGAUGCUGGUUGCCUGCCAACAUUUUUGGCUCCCUCUCGCUAUCUUAUUACCUCCUCCAAUUGUGCCCAGACAAUGCACGCACUCACAUGUAGAUGCCAGAUGCCAGUUUAGAGCUCGGUUCAUUUAAUGGUCAGUCAGUACUCUGAGGCUGAGUGCUAUUAAUAUCUUCACUCCCAUCAUGCCAAGGACUCAUUCUUAUCGUCACAAAAUACUGCAGUGUUGCAUUUCCGCUAAUGCUAUAUGUAGACAAUGGGUGCUUCCCAACUUUUAAAAUGGUCUUAUGUGUAAUAUCCUUUUUCAAUAUUCACACUGAAACAAUUGAGGAGUGAUGCAGAACUAUAUUUGAAUUUUUAUUUUAAAUUAGGAACAAUUUCAUAUGGAUGGUAUAGUGCAAGAAUAUGAAGUGUAUGUAAGAGGUUCAUGUCACAUUUGUUUAUUAAAGGGAAACUGUCACUCUGUAAAUUCCAAUAUUGAAUAAAAUAUUGAAAUUCGCAUAUUUUGUGUUAACCUUUUUUACGUGAUACUACAUUAUCUUUCAAAUGUAUAUUGAAGAUUAAGUAAGUGACCUUAACAAAGUUAAAGGGACACGAUGGUCACCAAAACAACUUUCGCUUAAAGAAGCAGUUUUAAUGUAUAGAUCAUGAUUUUAAAGUCUCAUUGCUCAAAUCACUGCUAUUUAGGAGUUAAAUCUCUUUUUUGUUUCUGUUCAUGUAACCCCUGCCACACCUCCCACAGCCUAUUUUCAUUUAGAUGAUACGUCCUUUAAAACUUUUUUAAUCCUGCUCUGUAAAUUGAACUUUAAUCACGCACAGGAGGCUCCUGCAGGGUCCAGCAAGCUAUUCACAUAGCAGGGGAUAAGAAAAUCUUAAUUAAACAGAAUUUGCAAUAAAGGAAAUAUAAGAUAACUCUUUACAGGAAGUGUUUGGGAGAGCUGUGUACGUCAAAUGCAGGGAGGUGUUACUAUGGCUACAUAAACAAAGUGAUUUAAUUCCUAAAUGUUGGAAAAUUCAGCAGUGAGACUGCAGGGGCAUGAUCAAUACACCAAAAUUGCUUCAUUAUGCUAAAGUUGUUUGGGUGACUAUAGUGUUCCUUUAUGUCCAAGCACAGCCAGGACACGUAUUACUAAUGAGGAGUAAGAUAAACACUGUUAAGGAUAUUCAAUAAAGUAAGAAAUCAAUGUGCAUGUAAAGUGAAUUUUAAACUUUCGAUCAAACUUGAAAAAUGCUAAAUCAGCUACGCUACGGGUUCGGCUACUUUGAAAUCUCACUUUAAUGAAUAAUACUGUAGGAGUAAUCCUGGUGAAUUCUUCUAAAAGUGUAGUAGAAGCCAUGAAAAUCAAUGCACGGUCCCUGCUGAAUGCUCCACUUUAUAAUCUCUGCCCCGGAAUUCUCAUUAUACAUAAUCCCCAUAGUUUCAGGUAUCCUCUUCUCUGUAUGCUUUCUCUAUGGCGGCUGCAAGGUGCAAGAGACAGAGCUUACAGGGUUAUACACCUACUAUGACCACGUCUGCUUAUAGAAGUGGUCAUAUUGGUAGGAUUCUGUAUAUGUUUCUUUUUGAAACACAGCACAUUUAGAGAAAUAUAUUGUCAUGUGUGCUGGGGGUUUGUUGCAUCUGCGGCACAUAUGACCCUGCAUUGCCAAAUGUCAGUUCUGUACUUAAAAUACAUCCUACCGUCAGAGCGCUGGCAACAAAUGUAAUUCGAUUGCCCUCCUGUCUCCCUAUAUCCUCCGUCAGAAAAAAAAACAACAAACAAACAAAAAAUCUUCUCGCCAUCUCCUACCUUUACUGGCUCUGAGUGUGCGCAUGCGCACUGAGGUGGCUAAACAGUCCAAUCAAAGGCUGUGAAGCCUGUGAUUUGGACCUCGCGAUGGCUGCCCUGACAUCAGACAGGGAGUGGAAAUUUGUGUCGGGAUCUUCGUCCAACGUAGGACUACAGUUAAGUUAUUGCUUCAUUUGAUUUAUUUCAGUGUAAAAGGGUAAGAGUAAUCCUUAGAUGGAGGCACUCUGUUGCAGAAAAAAUAGGUGUUGAUGUUUACAUUUAAUUUUAUAUCUCAUGCCUCACAAACGCAGGUUUGGUAAAUGUAAUGGAUAAAUGAACAUAAUAUUAAAUAUCCUAGAAUGUGACAGUUUCCCUUUAAGAAUUGCAUCUGAGGCAUUAUAUCUAUGCAAUUGGAAACGUAGUAUGUGUGACAUAACAUUUUGCAAAUAAAAUUCACGAACAGGAAAUUACAAAACCCUUCUAUGAAUAUCUUACCAGUAGAUCUUGCAGCUUAGCUCUGUCAUGUCACACGGCAACGUUUGACAUCAGGGAUGUCACAGAGAAAGCUUUGUGUCUGUACAAGUGACUCAGAAGCUCUGGAAAAUUUAUUCAGUAUGUGUAUGUAUCUCCUGUUUCUCUAGUGCCAGUCACAGAGUGAAUAGAAGGACACCCACAUUAACUGCAAAAUAAAUAAUAAAGAAUCACUAUUUUGGUUUCAAAAUCACUUAAGUAGAGCACAGAACCACUUACAGGUCCUUGACAUCACUGUAUUACAAUUGUGUAGAUGACAUAUCAACCCUCGAACAAUCCGUCUCAUUUUUGUUAAGUUAAGGUAGACAAGAAUUUUUACAAGAUGUAACAGGCUAUUUUAUAUAGUAAUGCGUGGUAGUUAACAGGUUAAUCAGAACAUUUGUUAAGUUCAGUAGGAGAGUGAGGCUAACACCGUACUAGGUAAGAUGGAAGGUAGGUUAUAAGAUUUGCAUGUUAGAUGUACAGUGGUAGAGUAAUAUAAUGUGCUUAGUGUAGGGAGGGAAGCAGGAUUAACCUGUGGCGAGUUGGCCUCCGCCUGCGUAGAAGAUGCGUUGGGGGCUGUGCACCAGAUAGCCUUUGGCCUAGAUGGGAAAACCUGGUGAUUUUCGUGUAUUGUCAAGAUUGUGCCCGAGGGUGUCCCAUGCCCUCUCAGGCUGCGGCCUCUCUGGCAUCCCCCUUUACUCCAGUUCUCUUGCAACUGAACCUGUGCUGCAGUAUGCCGAGCUUCAAUCCGUGCCCAGAAGCUAUUAAACAGUUUGUUUAAGUGUGUGCUUAGAUACUCUGUUGCGCUGUAGUGGCUUUCCAGAGGCACAUGGAUCCCAUGGGUUGCACGUCCACCAUUUUGGAGUGGUCCACGGCGGGCAGGAUCUGUACACGAUCAGGGCUAGUGCCAGUGUUUGCGGUCAACUUGGGUAGGUGUAACUGAGCGGUGGGGACUGGGAUAACCCCCACCGGUCCAGAGGGGGGGUUGCUGUGUACCAUGGAUGCUGUUUGCGUUAAAGGGCUGGGAGAGCAGCCGCCUCUCCUCUGUUCUGCACAGUGUAGGCCUCAAGCCUCAGAUCAGGCGAUCCCACGGUUGGUAUGGUCGUGUGAGGCAUAGGCGUGCGCAGUCUGUUGCAUUAGGGUGUGCACCCUAAAGCACAAACACGCCUCGUGUAUAUGUAUGUGUGUGUGUGUGUGUGUGUGUAUGUAUGUAUAUAUAUAUAUAUAUAUAUAUAUAUAUAUACACAUACAAACACACAUACAUACACUGCUGUGUGUGUGUAAGGGUGCUGUUAGUGUGAUGUGUGGUAUGUGGGUGAGGGUGUUUGUGUGUGUGUGUUUGUGAGGGUGCUGUUAGUGUGCUGUGUGUGAGGAUGCUGGUAGUGUGUGUGUGUGUGUGUGUUUGUUAGGGUUCUGUUACUGUGCUGUGUGUGGGUGUCGUGUGUUUGUGAGGGUGCUGUUAGUGUGAUGUGUGUGUGUGAGGGUGCUGUAUGUGUGUGCUGUAUGUUUGGAGGGAUUGGAGGUGGGAGCAGAUUAGUAAAUAUUCCACCUCCCUUCUUACCUUAUGUAGGGAGGGAGGAUCCUUGCUGCCAUGUGCCAUCCCUUAUGGUCCAGUGGAGAGUGAACUCUAGCCUGUGGGGCUAGAGUUCACUCUCGCAAGAUCUGAGCGUUGCCGCGCUAAUGCUCCGACCUUGCGAGAGGAACUCGGCGGAGCUGCUGGCUAGAGCUCCCCCGGUCCUCUCCUGCCUCCCUUCAUGCUGCUGUGGACCGGUGAGGUAGAUCUUUGAUCUCCCCACCGGCCUAUGGAGGCUUAGAGCAGAGCCGGCACUCAGAUAGCGCCGGCUCUGCAUGAGCCGACAGGGGAGAUCAUGAGAUCUCCCCUGUUGUCUCAAUCCAUAGGCGUGCCGCAGGGAUUAGGGUGUGCCCAGGCACACCCUGUGCGCACACCUAUGGUGUGAGGCAUCCUCUGAUUCAUCGAUGGCUGCAAAGCAAGGCGCUGUAGAUUGGGGACUGGGAUGGAGUGAUUUUCCCGUGAAUAAGGGCGAUUAACUGAUUCAGGCUCGGGAGCUCACACAAGGUGCGUCCGCUUGGCUCCACAGUCAGGCUCCGCCCUGACAUCACUGUUUUAAAUCUCCUAACACCACCCAAGCACAAGAUGAGGCUACUGUGUUAAAGGGAAUAUAUAUAUAUAUAAAGGGAUCAUAGUCCAUGCUUUGGUUUGAAAAAAAACUAUAUACAGGUGAUGCAUGGCUGUAAUUUUAAGUACUUGAACUGUGGGGAUCAUGUUUGAUCUCGCCAAAUCUUGGAUUUAAAAAAAGGAGUAUGUGUAAACUGUAAUUUGGAUAUCUGCUUUUUACUGGAAGCUGCACAGGCUGCAAUAAGCGUACUUUACAAAGGACUAUAAAUAUAAUAACCUACUUCUGGCUUUUCUUGCAUUUUUGUGAUUAUAAUUUAAAUGCAUUACAGAUUUUGGUCUAAAACUAUUGGUUUGGCUUUCAACUCCCAUUUAAAGCCUUGUUGUGGUCAUAAACUUUGGUGUUGAUGAGCAAGACUUUAUGGGAUAGGCCAGAAGUCAUAGAAACAUAGAAUGUGACGGCAGAUAAGAACCAUUCGGCCCAUCUAGUCUAGUUUUCUAAAUACUUUCAUUAGUCCCUGGCCUUAUCUUAUAGUUAGGAUAGCCUUAUGCCUAUCCCACGCAUGCUUAAACUCCUUUACUGUGUUAACCUCCUACCACUUUAGCUGGAAGGCUAUUCCAUGCAUCCACUACCCUCUCAGUAAAGUAAUACUUCCUGAUAUUAUUUUUAAACCUUUGCACCUCUGUCCUCUUGUUGUGGUAGUUUUUCUUCUUUUAAAUAUAGUCUCCUCCUUUACUGUGUUGAUUCCCUUUAUGUAUUUAAAUGUUUCUAUCAUAUCCCCCCGGUCUCUCCUCCAGCUAUACAAAUUAAGAUCCUUUAACCUUUCCUCGUAAGUUUUUUUUUAUUUUUUUUUUUAUCCUGCAAUCCAUGAACCAGUUUAGUAGCCCUUCUCUGAACUCUCUCCAAAGUAUCAAUAUCCUUCUGGAGAUAUGGUCUCCAGUACUGCAUACAAUACUCCAAGUGAGGUCUCACCAGUGUUCUUUACAAUGGCAUGAGCACUUCCCUCUUUCUACUGCUAAUACCUCUCGCUAUACAACCAAGUAUUCUGCUAGCAUUUCCUGCUGCUCUAUUACAUUGUCUGCCUACCUUUAAGUCAUCAGAAAUAAUCAUCCUUAAAUCCCUUUCCUCAGAUGUUGAGGUUAGGACUCUAACAAAUAUUCUGUACUCUGCCCUUGGGUUUUUAGGUCCAAGAUGCAUUAUCUUGCACUUAUAGAAACAUAGAAUGUGAUGGCAGAUAAGAACCAUUCGACCCAUCUAGUCUGCCCAAUUUUCUAAAUACUUUCAUUAGUCCCUGGCCUUAUCUUAUAGUUAGGAUAGCCUUAUGCCUAUCCCACGCAUGCUUAACUUAAACUCCUUUAUGUGUAUCCACAUUAAAUGUCAGCUGCCACAACUAAGUCCCACAGUAAGCUAUAACAAUUGGCAUUGACUGAGCCACUUCCUGGUUUGGUGAGAGCCCACUGCCAUUAUUUUGAUAUAUGUUUUCUCUGCACAUGGUUUAUAAUGCAAUACUUGUCUAUUUAAGAAAAGUUGGUCAGCGCCAUACUGAAGACUCCCCUCAUUUAUACAAUACACAGACGUACAAAAAAAAAGGCUUUGUUUUUAAAGGGGCCUUUACACCAUUUAAAGGGGCGGCCAGUAAAAAUAAGAUUUUGUAUAAUAGAUUGCAUUUUUUCUUAUUAAAAACUGUAUAUGUAAGUAGGACGGAGCUAGUUCAAAAGCAGUCUGUGUUUCUCAGAACAAUAAGGAACACAUGAUAAAUUUGCUGUGUUCUUGUUUCUAACAGAUCUGCACCUGGCAGCAGAACUGGGAAAGACGCUUUUAGAGCGAAAUAAGGAAUUGGAGGUUUCAUUGCAGCAGAUGUACCUUACCAAUGAAGAUCAGGUGCAGGAGAUUGAGGUAUUGUGACAGUAGAAAUUUUAUCUUCACGAUCUUUUACUCUAUAAUGAUUCCACAUGAUAUAUUCACGAAGAGGUUUUCAAAUGUACAUUUUAUUAUAUUAUUGCUCCUGUAUUUUUAGCACACAAGGAGUUCCAAUUGUUUCAUAUACAUCUGUUCAUUUUGUGUUUUUUUUUUUUUUCAUUAACUGGGCUCAAAAUUUUACUUGCUUAUUUGAUCCCUGGGCUGGCCGGGAAAAAAAAAACUAUCCAAGUAUCAUAAGUUCUACAGCUUGCUGUAGUGUUUUAUUUUUUUUUAUUUUUUCCACUGGCUACCCUUCACAUUGUAAAUAGUCAAAAAGUUUUUGAACAGUUGACCUCAUGUGGGGUCUGCCAUAGCCGCACUCUGAGUCCACUACUAAUGCUGUAGAACUGGAAGUUCCUAAGCAUUAUCUGAUCGCAGUCAGCCAAUGAGCUAAGCACAGCACCGCAGGGCUUAGCUCAGGAGAGCUAAUGGAAGCUUAGGAGCUUAAAUGUUUUAUUACAUUUUUCUCGUGCUGAAAGGCCAUUUGACCAAAGCUCUAGCUUUAAACACCGAAACCACCUGCAAGGUGCUGGUAAGAGUAAUAAGAAAGGAUAUCAUUUGGGAAUACUCAAAUUAAACACAUGUAUUAGCACAUAUAUACACACACAAACACACUGUGGCCUUUCACACAAAAUAUAUCUCUCCUGACACAUUUAUGCAUGCACUGAGACUUCAUACAAAUACAUGACUGCAUUCACACACAGACUUUUUAUAUAAAUUCACACACAGACCUGCAUCCACACACAGUUACACUCCACAUAUACACCACUGCAUAUACACACACUUACAUUCCACACACACACACGUGUCACUGACAUGGCACACACAUACCCACUUUCACAUACUGACUCUCAGUACAGAUAUACUCCUACUUUCACAGCACACGUACGCUCCAUGCUAAAGACAUGCCAUGAAUCAAAACAAAUUGCUAAAUAAUGAAGUAUUGCAGGUCCUUGUAAUGCCUUUUUUUUUUUGGACUAACCGGAAUUUGUAUUUAUUUAGCUUUCAGGAGUUCCUCCCUUUAUCGUUUUUUUUUUUUUAAAGCAUGCUUUAGACUUAUUUAUUUAUUACUGGUAUUUAUAAAGUGCCAACAUAUUCUGCAGCGCUGUACAAUUAGUGGAGAACGUACAAUAUACACGAGGUCAAGAGAAAAAUACAAGAGGUCGAGAGAGCCCUGCCCGUAAGCUGAUAACUAGUCAUUGGAGCUCUUUUAUACAAGGUGCUUAGCCAGAUGGUCCAUGAGCUUACAAUCUAAAGGAUGCAAUGCGGAUUUGAGACAAGAGGUAAAGGGAGAAAUCUAAUCACUGCAAAUUUCCAUUAGUCCAAUAAAAAAGGUAUUACAAGAAUCGGCAAUGCUUUAAUAUUAUGCAUCUAGAUUAGUGGACUAAUAUAGCAGCUCUAAUAAUAUGAUUCAAUACCAAAUUAUUGUUUCCUCAUACUUUUUUUUAAAAUUAUUUAUUAAUUUUUAUUUGGUUUUGAAUUAACAUUUACAAUCAUUCAACAGUAUUUGCAGAAAAAUUUGCAGACAUUGCAGUAAGAUAUGUAACAUACAGGUAUAAACUGAUACGCUUUGUCGGUCGAUUAUCCCCUGACCGGUAUUUUUUACAUUAUCACUGUACAUAGGCGGUUAAUUAGCUGAUUCAAUUAGUCAUUCGGUACAGACAGGUAGUCCCGUGCAGUGUGAGACUCUCACACUUGUUUUUAGGUCUGGCAAAUAGCUCAGGGCCUAAAAUUGUAAGCCCUGCUAUUAGAAUAUAAGAACUGAUUUUAAAAUAGUUAGUUCUGAAGUGUUCAUUACAUGUGUUUAUUAAAAUGUAAGACUUUGCACAGCAGCCAAAUAAACAAACGUAUCCCAAAUAUUUACACAUUUUUUACUUUUCUCAGCUAUUUUAUAUAAAGUCCAUUUACAUUCUAAUAUUACAUAUCCUUUAACACAUAGAUAUUCAGGUCUAACUUAUAUAUUUGUAUCAAUGAUACAGCAAUGAUAACUUGUGAGUAUGUCACGUUUACAGUGUGUCUGCAAUUAAAGGCUAUAUGCUGGUUUGUGCCCUGGUUUUACAAAAAUGGUUUCUUCCCUUCCUGUCUUUAAAGUACCUGAGCAAACAGCUGGAGAUGCUACGCCAAGUAAAUGAACAGCACGCCAAGGUCUAUGAGCAGUUGGAUACAAUAGCAAGAGAUUUGGAAGUGACUAACCUAAGGCUGGUACAGGAGAGCAAAGUGGCCCAGCACAAGAUAACAAGGUUAGAGACAAGGGAGUGGAAGAAAGGGGAAUAACUGGAGUAAAUAAGGAGAGCGAAAGUGAGAAAGCUUGUUGGGGGAUAAAACAAGAAGGUGGAUAAACAAGUAUUAGCGAAAUGUAGAAUUAUAGAAAUAACUGAAAAUAACACGUGGGGAUGUUGGUGAAAGCCAAAUAAUGAAUAUGUCUCUGUCUGUUAGUCUCACAGGUACUAUAGAUGGCUUGCAGAAACAGGUGGAGGAUCUGCAGAAACAAGUGGAAGAACUGCGCAGUCAAGAUCAGGUUCGAGUGAGGAGGGAAAAGAGAGAAAGGCGUCGCACUAUCCACACCUUUCCCUGCAUACGGGAGCUGUGCGCCAAUCCCAGGUUAGUGUAGGGGUCUUUGGUGACAAAUGAGGAAGCCAUAGUUCAGAUUCAAUGUACACCGUUUCUGUACCAAGUCUGUAAUAACAUUCACUCAAUAUGGAGAUAUCAGAGACCUCAGACAUGUUCUACUGAUUGGCAAAUUGUGAAAUACUUAAAGCAGCUCUAUCACCUUCUGGGGUAUUUGCAUAUUUUGCAAAAAACCCUGAUGGUGACAUCACUGCUUGCUGUGCUAUGGCCCACGUAGGCAACAGAGGUUAGAUAUACUAACUUGAUGCUCUCCCCCAUGGAGACCACCAUCUUCUCUCUUCAGCUCCUUGGGCUUCAUCAGGCAUGUGCGAGAGGACAGUGCUAAUGUCUAUGGAGCAUUCAAUCCUCCAAUCCUCCAUAGAUAUCGUCUCGCAGUGAGCGAGACAAUGCCUUAUUUUCUCCAGCCGUCACUAAGUGACAAAGUUUGUCAAGUGGAGAUAAAAUACAUAAGAUAAAGUAGUCCCUACUUUGCGUUAUGUAUUUUAGGAGAAAAAUAUUGAAAAAAUAUUAAGGAGGAGAAACAGAUUGAAGCAAUGUAAGUUUAGAGUGACAUUAUGAAAAUAAUUUUUAUUUUAUUUUUUUCUAUGACAGAUGAUGUUUAUCUUUUUAUACAUGUGUUUUAACCCCUUAAGGACACAAUUUCAGAAAUAAAAGGGAAUCAUGAUGGAAUAUUUCCGUCAUGUGUCCUUAAGGGGAUAAGUAUAAGUUUGUGUACAUAACUGCCAUCCUCUUGUCCUGUGUACAGGAAUGAAGAUACACUCUACAUGCAUGGUUCUUGUUUGGACUUAUCCCCUAAGCCAUUACAGAGAGAAAACGAGCGUCUGCAUAGUGCCGUGGCCUCACUUCGGGCUUUAGUGGCUGAAGAACGUCAGCGAAAAGAAAAGGCAGAACGGGAAUAUCAAUCGGUGGUGCAGGAAUAUUCUGAGCUCGAACAAAGAGUUUGUGAGAUGGAAAACUGCAGGUUACGUGUACAAGAACUGGAAGCAGAACUACAGGAACUACAGCAAAUGAAGCAGGUAAAACUCAAGUUUGUGUAUUUAAAAGGAAGAGAUCCUUUUUUUUUUCUAUGAUACUCCCAAUAUGCUUUCACAUCAUCUUCCCAUAAUGUUGUGUGUAUGAGGCAUCCCCCUUAGAAUUAUAUCCAUUAAGGGAAACUAUAGUGCUAAGAAAACAAAGUUGUAUUCCUGGCACUACAGUGACCUGUAAUGCCCCCCUUCUUCCCGUGGCACUGGAAGGGUUAAAAACCCUUCUGUCACUUACCGCCGAUGUCCUCGGUGCUGGGUCAGGAUCCAUCUCCACUCCUCUAAUGUGCAUGUGUGGCUAGCUUAGGACUACCCCAUAGGAAAGCACUGCUCAAUGGAUUCCUAUAAGGUUUUAGCUGAUGAUGGCUGUCCUCGUGCAGAGCAUAAGGCUGUCCAGUGUCAGUUAGGAGACCAAAAGUCGCCUAACCACCCGGAAGUGCCUCUAUAGGGUGUCUGGUAGUUAACCCUGCAAGGUAAUUAUUACAGUUUAUCAAUAACUGCAAUAAUUAGAAUUGCAGGGUUAAAGGGACUCUCCAGUGCCAGGAAAACAUGUUAGUUUUCCUGGCACUGCAUGACCCUACAGUGGCCCUCUCCCUCCCACCCCCCAUCCCAAGUUGCUGAUAUGGUUAAAACCCCUUCAGUGACUUACCAGAGACCAGCGCCGAUGUACUUCGGGGCUUGGUUCGGCUCCGCCUAUUCUCCUCCCCCGCCAACGUCAGCCGGCGAGGGAGACUUAAUGCGCCUGUGAACGCGCAUUAGACCUCCCCAUAGGAAAGUAUUAUUCAGUGCUUUCCUAUAGGGAUUUCGGCGACGCUGGAGGUCCUCACAUAGCGUGAGGACGUCCAGCGUCGCUUAAAACACUUUUCGUGUUCUAAGAAAUUGCAAUAAUAACACUUGCAGGGUUAAGGGUAGUUAAUGGAAGUUGGCACCCAGACCACUCCAAUGGGCAGAAGUGGUCUGGGUGCCUGGAGUGACCCUUUAAAGUAACCGUUUACACAAAGACAGACUCCAUAGUUAGCAGCAUAUUGGAAAAAGUUUAACACAUCUCCAAUAAAAGGAAGUAAAAUUAUACUUACAAGGAUAGAGCAGGCUAACUGCUCUAUGAACUCAGCGUUGGUGGUAUUACUUGGGAUUACUUGAAGUAUAAAACUUAAAAAUUCCUGGAAAUGUGCAUAUAACAAAGAUGAUUGGCACAAAAAGGUAACCAAAAAAUCUUUAAUAAGUUAAAAUACACAAUAUUAAAUGUCCAUAACGCGUUUCACCUUUGCAGGCUUUUUCAAAUGGAAUAAAAAAACAUUCAACCUGGCUAUAAUGGUGUGUGUGUGUGUAUAUAUAGGGAUAACUGUGUUUAAAAUUGGAACCAAAAUUAGCAUUUUCCAAUCGAAAUUCAACAUAUUAUAACCAUACAGGGAGUGCAGAAUUAUUAGGCAAGUUGUAUUUUUGAGGAUUAAUUUUAUUAUUGAACAACAACCAUGUUCUCAAUGAACCCAAAAAACUCAUUAAUAUCAAAGCUGAAUAUUUUUGGAAGUAGUUUUUAGUUUGUUUUUAGUUUUAGCUAUGUUAGGGGGAUAUCUGUGUGUGCAGGUGACUAUUACUGUGCAUAAUUAUUAGGCAACUUAACAAAAAACAAAUAUAUACCCAUUUCAAUUAUUUAUUAUUACCAGUGAAACCAAUAUAACAUCUCAACAUUCACAAAUAUACAUUUCUGACAUUCAAAAACAAAACAAAAACAAAUCAGUGACCAAUAUAGCCACCUUUCUUUGCAAGGACACUCAAAAGCCUGCCAUCCAUGGAUUCUGUCAGUGUUUUGAUCUGUUCACCAUCAACAUUGCGUGCAGCAGCAACCACAGCCUCCCAGACACUGUUCAGAGAGGUGUACUGUUUUCCCUCCUUGUAAAUCUCACAUUUGAUGAUGGACCACAGGUUCUCAAUGGGGUUCAGAUCAGGUGAACAAGGAGGCCAUGUCAUUAGAUUUUCUUCUUUUAUACCCUUUCUUGCCAGCCACGCUGUGGAGUACUUGGACGCGUGUGAUGGAGCAUUGUCCUGCAUGAAAAUCAUGUUUUUCUUGAAGGAUGCAGACUUCUUCCUGUACCACUGCUUGAAGAAGGUGUCUUCCAGGAACUGGCAGUAGGACUGGGAGUUGAGCUUGACUCCAUCCUCAACCCGAAAAGGCCCCACAAGCUCAUCUUUGAUGAUACCAGCCCAAACCAGUACUCCACCUCCACCUUGCUGGCGUCUGAGUCGGACUGGAGCUCUCUGCCCUUUACCAAUCCAGCCACGGGCCCAUCCAUCUGGCCCAUCAAGACUCACUCUCAUUUCAUCAGUCCAUAAAACCUUAGAAAAAUCAGUCUUGAGAUAUUUCUUGGCCCAGUCUUGACGUUUCAGCUUGUGUGUCUUGUUCAGUGGUGGUCGUCUUUCAGCCUUUCUUACCUUGGCCAUGUCUCUGAGUAUUGCACACCUUGUGCUUUUGGGCACUCCAGUGAUGUUGCAGCUCUGAAAUAUGGCCAAACUGGUGGCAAGUGGCAUCGUGGCAGCUGCACGCUUGACUUUUCUCAGUUCAUGGGCAGUUAUUUUGCGCCUUGGUUUUUCCACACGCUUCUUGCGACCCUGUUGACUAUUUUGAAUGAAACGCUUGAUUGUUCGAUGAUCACGCUUCAGAAGCUUUGCAAUUUUAAGAGUGCUGCAUCCCUCUGCAAGAUAUCUCACUAUUUUUGACUUUUCUGAGCCUGUCAAGUCCUUCUUUUGACCCAUUUUGCCAAAGGAAAGGAAGUUGCCUAAUAAUUAUGCACACCUGAUAUAGGGUGUUGAUGUCAUUAGACCACACCCCUUCUCAUUACAGAGAUGCACAUCACCUGAUAUGCUUAAUUGGUAGUAGGCUUUCGAGCCUAUACAGCUUGGAGUAAGACAACAUGCAUAAAGAGGAUGAUGUGGUCAAAAUACUCAUUUGCCUAAUAAUUCUGCACUCCCUGUAUUAAAAGUACAUAAAAGGUAUUAAAUAACAUUCUUUACAUAGUAUAGAGGCUAAAUAUAAUAAAUUAUAAUGAAAACGAGGGUUAAAUCAAGUGGAAAUCGCAGUGGAAAAUUAGUCACGUCACGCGAAAGUGUCAUAGGUCUCAAUGCUACAUGGGAUAUGUAGUCCGUGCGAACGGUAACAGGAAGGGUGUGUAUUUACUCACUUUGUGCCGGUGAUCGGCAGGAAAAAGGAUAAAUUAGCCGCGAGUAUCGUGGGCCAUAUUGUGGAGGUCUGAAGUGUAAUAUAGCACUUAAGGGGAGGGUUGGCCGUGAGUAUUGGUGGCCAUAUUGGGUGGGACAAAUAGCGGCAGACAUAUUAGGAAGGUCAUAAAGUGGCCAAAAAUCGCGAUGGCCAUAUUAAGGAGGUCAAUAAAAUGAAUAGGAGGAUAGAGUAGCCUCAAAUGACAGCAGCCAUAUUUAGGCGGGUAGGAGUAGUGGUUACUCUGCUUGGAAUAUUUCUUUAAUAGUGCUCCCUUAUGUUUGUACUUUUGCAUCUUUAUUCUGUUAUAUGAAAAAUACAUCUGCAUUAUGUACCUUCUGUGCAGAAUCUGUUGCAAGUCUAAGAUGAAAGAAACACAGAUAAAAUGUAUACAGUGUGAAUUAUUUAUUUAUAAAAUAUUUUACCAGGAAAGAUACAUUGAGAUUUCUCUCGUUUUCAAGUAUGUCCUGGGUCCACAAAUCAUUGCAUUGUUACAUUAGGUACAACAAAAUACAAAAACAAUAUUAAUACAUAAUAUAUACAAAAUUUAACAUAGAACAGGUAGGAAAUAUAUAAUCAACCAUGACACGUGCAUUCGGUUUUGAGGUAUGUAGAGAGGGAUCUCUUAAAGGACUUUAGGCUUAGGGAUGAUUUUAAAUUGUGCGGGAGGUCGUUCCACAAUUGCGGUGCUCUGUAGGAGAAGGAGGAUCGGGCUGUUUUCUUUUUGUAUUGAGGUAGACUAGGUAAAGUGUGGGUACUGGAUCGGAGCUUAUAGGAAGUGGGAAAAGCUGGGGAAAGCAUUGUGUUCAGGUAGGGUGGGAGUUUCCCAGAAAAGCUCUUAAACACAAGGCUGGAAAGAUGAAGAAUAUUUCCUUUUGGUUACAAUCUUCUGUUCUUACACUGAAGAAUUAUUUUAUGAUUUUUAGAUUAUUACAGUGCUGCACAAUUUCUAAAUUAAGUAAUCAGUGUUGGUUUUGGGAAACAGCAUGUUUUGCCUACAUUUUAAACAAGGAAUGAAAAAUGAGCCUUUUAGGUUUAUUUACUUAAAGUGAGAAUUCAAAGUGAUUCUCAGAUUUAAGGUCAGAAUAGCAGAACCAGUAAAUCUUUUCUAAGGCAGCUGUGCUUUCUGUUUGGCUACUUUUGGAGAGAGAGAGAGAGUGUGUUUGGUUUUUUAUUUAUUUAUUAUUUUUUUAUAUAUUGAGCACUUUCUCCAGACAAAUCCAAGACUGUAUUUUCUUUCCGAAUUAUUCCAUGCUGUUUGCUUUGUGGGAUGGGCGAGUUAUUUCUGCCACUCCUUUCUGUUUUGUUUUUCAGAAAGGAGUUUACAGCCACUGCCCCAUAUGUAGUGAAUGUAUUUUUUAUCUUUUAUUAUUUAUUUAUUACUGCUAUUUAUAAAGUGCCAACAGAUUCCGCAGCGCUGUAAAAUUAGUGGAGAAACGUACAAUAUACACAGACAAAUACAAGAGGUAGAGAGAGCCCUGCCCAUAAGCUGAUAUCUAGCCAUUGGAGCUCUUUUAUACAAAGUGAUUGGCUAGAUGGCCCGUGAACUUACAAUCUAAAGGACACCAUGGGGAUUUGAGACAAGAGGUAGCAGGGGAAGUUUGGAGGUGAUGGCUGAAAGAGUUAACAGAGAAGCAGCUAUUGGUAAGAUGUUAGGGGAAUGAAAAGGUAAUUGGGUGAGAAUCUCAAACAGCUGGAGGAGCCUGUUAUAUAUUUUGGGGGGAGCCUGGGUGGGUGGGAAGUGGGGAGAUUUAUGCGUGUGUGUUUUGAUUUAUUGUUUGUUUGUUUUUUUGGUUACAGGUGAAGCGCUACCUGCUGGGAAGGGGUGACAGCCUUUCUCAGGCAUUGCUAGAACCUCUUAACAAGACCCCUGAAACAGAUGAUCCAGAGCCUCGUGAAGAGUCAGGAGUCGAUAUGAGCAGGAGCCAUACACCCCCAAACUCGGCUGUCAGGAAAAGCUGUAGUGACACAGCCUUGAGUGACAUUGUAGGUAGGGAUGCUGUAAGUCGGCACGAAGGCAACUACACUCUACAUGCUAACAACACAAGGCGUCGUGGCAUGUCUAUCUUGCGCGAAGUGGAUGAGCAAUAUCAUGCUCUGCUGGAGCGAUAUGAGGAGCUGCUGGCCAAGUGCAGGAGACAUGAGGACAAUCUGUGUCAUGCUGGAGUACAGACCUCCCGUCCCGUGUCUCGGGAUAGCUCUAGUCGAGACCUACCAGGUGAGGAGGGAGAGUCUGAGCGAGUACUGACCAUGCAACUGGAAGCUGUAGACCGAAGGCUUGAACAGAGUCAACCAGAAUACAAGGCACUCUUUAAAGAAAUAUUUAAUCGCAUCCAGAGAACCAAGCAAGAUGUUAGUGCUGGGAAAGGUCCAGGAGGCAAAUAAUAAACUAGCAGCUUAUUUAACACUAUUCUCAUCAGGAAUUCCAUUGACGGUCUCUCGGAAUAUCAUUUUGAUACUAACUGUACAUUUACUGCUUAUUAACACUAAAGGCAAACCUUGUACAAUGCCCAUCACUAACGCACCCAUACCGCAUAGAUCCGUACACAUAUUCAUUAUCUUGCUCACUGCUUUGCAUAGAUACAUGCACUAUUACUACAGAUGCAGAUUAUAUGUAUUAUUGGUCUGCAGUGAAAAUUGCUAGCUUUUUUCCUCUACUUAGAUUAUAUGCCAUAAAUAUUGGUGGCAUAUAUCAUCCAGAUGGGCAAUUGGGGCCCAUCUGUAGGAGCUGAAUACAUUGUAAAAGGUUUUACAAUAAGGUACUUUUAAAAGGUAGCAGAUAAGUAUGACAAAGAGAGAAAACCAGGAGCAAGAAACCAAGAAUAAAUAUAUUCAAACAUACACCAGAAAAUAUAAAAAAUUGAAUUUUUACAGGCUAUACAUUGAAAAAAACUAUUAAUAAAAAAAAAAGAUUGAUAUAAAAAGGUUUAUGUAGCAGUCCUGUCCUGGACCAUUCUUAAAGUCAAACUAUAUAUAUCUAUAGAUAUAUAGAUAUCUUCAGUUAUUUAUAUACAGGAAUUUGUACUGCUAAUUAUUUGAAACAACAUGUCUUUCUGUUCAAGUCAAACUAGUUGAAUAUCUUACAUUGCAGAAUAUAAAUGGUCAUAUCCCCAUAUUGUGCAUGGUAUGGGUGUAUACAGUGAUGUUUAUGACUGUGCAAACAGACAGGCAAACAAACACAAUAUUAUAUAUAUCUAAUGUACAGUUAUGGGCGACCGUCUGGUGCAACUAUCAGUUGACAUAUGAAAAGGGGAGUAUUCUUGGCUCUGUUCCAUACUUCAGUCUGAACAGAUGAAUCUAGGCCUCUGGGACUCCUCAAUUUCACAAGCUUGAAGUAUUUAGAACAUUCUGCUGACUUGUUUUGUGCACUUUGUUUUUGCUGCUAAUAUCUUGAUAAUUGCCCAGUUGUUCCAAACUCUUACGGGCAUUCAGAAAACAGUAUACUGGAAGAAAUUAUUUAAUUAUUAAUGAUGUCUCACUAAUGUCAGCAUUACAAGAGACUUAUAUGUAAAACUAAGCACCAUCCAAUGGAGGAUCAGCUGCCAAGUGGAAAAAGUGAGGCAAAUGCAGAACAGGAAUUAAAGAUUGUGUGAGGUGAAUAGUACACGAACAAAAAAAUGACAUAUGUGCAAAUCUGUGGUAAAAUAAAUGACACUACAGUUACUUAAUCCAUUUCUACCCCGCUGGACCAGACACUGUGAUGGCUCUUUUCUACCCUUUUGUGACUCAGCUAUACCUGUAAAGGUAUUUUUAAACUUGGGCAUUCAUUUUGUUCUGCUGCAUGACCAGCAGUAUGCGAUAAUGUGCAAAGCCAUGCUCCACGCAUCUUAAAUGGCUCCCCUUAAGGGUGCUGAUGGAGCCCAAACUCUUAUGCAAUAAGACGCAAGUGUCUGCAAAAGUGGCCAAUCCUUUUUACAUGCACAUCCUGUACGUGGGUCACCUCAUACUAGGGUAUUUCAAAAGUCACGAUAAUUUGUCUCUAGUCAUUAACAUAUCUGCAUGUGUACAACAGUGUAUCCCAGAAGAAUGUCUGAACUUGCAGUUUUUGCAGAACCUUGGGUAAAGGUUGCACCAGCUUCUUAUUAAAAGGGUUACUCCAAGCACCAUGACCACUUGAUUUGAAGUUUUUGUAGUGGCUGGACUACUAUGAAAUGCUGCACAUGUGGAGUUGAACCCCUCUGCUGCUAGAGGUGUAACUCCACCUCCAGAAGCACCGCUGGGGCAUAAUUCACUCUAUUUCCAGGCUGGCUAAUAUAAAGUCUGUGCAUACUCUAGUGCACAGAUCAUUUUUUUUAUUUUAUUUGCUGAGAGCGGUCAGCUGUUGUUAACAGCCAAUGAAUGAGUGUCAGGAUCGGCAUUUGAAUAACGUACAACGGGCUAUAGUGGUUAUGGUAGUUGGAGUAACCCAUUAACAGUAUACACUUAUCUUGCCUUUUCUCACAGUAUGGCACUUGUGCUUUCAUACGCAAACACCUUGAGUAAUCCGCACUAUGCACGCAUUCCGGUCUCGUCUUUCAAAGAUCUGUUGUUUAGUGAAACUUAUGUGUAAAGAUUGUGGAUCAGUGUUCUAAAAUUGGAGCCGUCUGCAGAAGCAUUUCAUCGGUUUCCAUUGUGGUUAUCGAACUUUAUCCUACAAUUCCACUUUCUAAACGCCCUCCAAUGAUUUCAGCCCUUUUAGGGUUAUUCACUAAAUUAGUCAAAUGGUAAGCAUUAUCUCGAAGUCGGCUAUACUGUCAGCUCAGCUCCUCUAGCCUUCAAUUGCCUGUUUAUAUUGAUAAAACUGAGCAAUGUUAUUGGAAUAUGCUACCCAAAAGCAUUUUAAUUUGUUUUUAUAAUAAUGCUCCUAGUAUGAAACACCUGCGUACUCAUUAAAUUAUACCCAAAGAACAGGAUCUGGAUAUAGAUCAAUUAUUAAAUACAUUUCUGUAAGGAUUACAUCAUUCAAAUAAAGUGAACUACUACCUAAUUAUGCAUGGAAAAAUUACAAUGGAGAAGUCGGGUCCGGGUG